UCAGUUUUAAAGUAGACGUCUUGGUGCGAAGAAGAAGUUUUAAAUUUAUAAAUAAAAUUUCUUGUUUGUCUUGAGUUCGCGAUUUUUUUUUUUUAGUUUUAUUUUUUCGUUAGUUUUAUUUUUAUGUUCAACUUUUUUUUUUGCAUUGAUAUUAAUUUAUUUUGACACGUUUAUGCGAAGAAUAUUAAAUCGCAAAAAAAAUAUAAUAAAGAAAUUCUGGAAAUUUACCAUAAAAAAAGAGAAUAAAAGAAGAAGGAGUGACAAAAAAAAAAUAAAUACUCGUGGCAACUAACAAGCAAUUCAUUGCCAUACCAAAAAUUAAUGAGUGUCAGAAAAAAAACCAAUAACCUACUUGAUUUAUGAAUAAUUAAUCAAUUUAUAAGGUUCAAUAGUUGUGUACUAAUAAACAAAAUAGAAUACCGUGCGUGGAAAAAAUAUUAAUACAAAAAAAAUUUAAAAAAAAGUUAUUUAUAAAAAAAUAUGCAAAAAUAAUUAAUUUUUUAAAUAAAAAAAAUAAAUAAACAGCGGUUAAUAAACUUACAAAAUAUUAAAAAAAAUUAAGCAACUACAGUGAAGUGAAAUAAACAAUCAAUAAAAAUAUUUAGAAAACUCCCUAUGAAUAAAAAGCAUUAGUCAAAAUGUCAAACGGAAUGGAGUUAACAAAUUCAAUGCCACGUUCGGCAUCAACAAAUCGCUUCCAAGUUAAUCCCGUCAACAAUAAAGGUGCAACCAGCAAUGGAGAUAAUAACGGUACUUAUGUACAGCAUGAUGAAACGGAUGAUUUUGACGAUAAUCAAUUAGUGAAAAAGGCGUCAAGUAUCAAAGUACAACCAGGCGGGCAAAUUAAGAGCAGCAUACGGGAUAAUAGUAAGCAAAAAAGAGACACGCGAACGAGUUUUUCUGUAGCGCCUGACGAGGAGUCUGAUGACUCGGAUAAUGAAGAGGAAAAUCUGAUAGAUAGCGAUACAAAAUACGGGCGAAGUUUCAGACAUUUUACACGUGAAGCUCUUCCACGUUUAGAUAACUAUCGGAAUAUAUUGUCGAUACAGGCAGCUUAUCGACCUACGUUAGAUGAACUUCACAAUGCAACGUUAUCGAAUAAGGGAUCAACAUUACAUCGAGAUGCCGAUGUCGAAGGUCAAGUUUCCGAAGGCAUGCUUAAAUUCGGAUGGUUUAAAGGUGUCAUGAUGCGAUGUUUGUUAAAUAUUUGGGGCGUUAUGCUUUUCCUGCGUCUCAGUUGGGUCGUUGGUCAAGCGGGAAUUCUUCAAGGGUGCUUUUUGAUUCUCACGACGAGUGUUGUGACGACAAUUACGGCACUUUCGAUGUCAGCGAUCAGUACAAAUGGGAUUAUAAAAGGCGGAGGAACGUAUUAUAUGAUUUCGAGAUCGCUUGGACCGCAAUUUGGAGCAGCAAUUGGAUUGAUUUUUUCAUUGGCAAAUGCUGUGGCAUGUGCUAUGUACGUCGUUGGAUUUUGUGAGUCGAUGAUGGAUUUGCUGAGAUCGUUUGGCGUGUCGAUUGUUGAUGGAGGAAUUCAAGAUGUGAGAAUUAUUGGAAGUAUUACGAUUGCAAUUUUGUUGCUGAUUGUCGUUGUUGGCAUGGAAUGGGAAGCUAAGGCACAACUUGGGCUUCUUGUCAUCUUAUUAGCAGCCAUUGCUGAUUUCAUGAUUGGAACAAUAAUCGGUCCAAAAUCCGAUACUGACACUGCAAAAGGCUUCCUUGGAUACAAUUGGACUCUCCUCAAAGAAAACAGUCUUCCCGAUUAUCGCACUGACAAAGAUGGAACAAUGCACGACUUUUUCUCCGUUUUUGCCAUUUUCUUCCCCGCAGCAACGGGAAUUCUCGCCGGCGCGAAUAUCUCAGGCGAUUUGAAGGAUCCAAGUCACUCCAUUCCUCGAGGAACGUUAUGGGCAAUUCUCGUUACGACUGUCACGUAUCUCAUUAUGGCAGUUCAAGCCGGUGCAACUGUCGCUCGUGAUGCAACGGGCAACGUUACUCUCAUGAUAAAUGGUUCUUGGGACUUUUUGGAUUGCAAUAACACAAAAUGCGAUUAUGGAUUGCAAAAUUCUUUCCAAGUUAUUGAACUUGUGUCUGCCUUUGGACCAAUUAUUUAUGCGGGAUGCUUCGCGGCGACACUUUCUUCGGCACUUGCGAGUUUAGUUUCCGCGCCAAAAGUCUUCCAAGCGUUGUGCAAAGACGAGUUAUAUCCGAAAAUUAAAUGGUUCGCAAAGGGAUACGGAAAAAAUAAUGAACCAGUGCGAGGUUACGUGUUAACCUUCUUCAUUGCUGUUGCAUUUAUUUUAAUUGGAGAAUUGAAUGCCAUUGCGCCGCUCAUUUCAAAUUUCUUCUUGGCAGCUUACAUGUUGAUCAAUUUUAGCACUUUCCAUGCAAGUUUAGCAAAGCCCGUUGGAUGGAGACCCCAAUUUAAAUACUACAACAUGUGGCUGAGCUUAGCUGGAAGUAUCUUGUGCGUCGCAGUCAUGUUCUUGAUUUCAUGGACAACUGCAUUGUUAACCUUUGCCUGUGUCAUGUCAUUGUACCUUAUUGUGGCGUAUCGCAAGCCAGACGUAAAUUGGGGCUCGAGCACGCAAGCACAAACGUACAAAGAUGCUCUGAUGUCGGUGCAGCAUCUCAACACGAUCGAGGAGCACGUCAAAAAUUACAGACCACAAAUUUUAGUUCUCUCCGGGCACACAAAUUCUCGCCCGAUUUUGGUGAAUUUUGCCUUUUUGUUGACAAAAAAGACGUCUUUGUUGGUUUGCGGUCACGUAAUUAAGCAAGUUGCGCCGCACAAGUACAGAAAUUUCCUCGUACGCAAAGCUAAUGAUUGGUUUAGACGACACAAAGUGAAGGGAUUUUACACGUUGGUCGAUGAUGCGGAUUUCGAGACGGGCAGCAAGGCGUUGAUGCAGGCAACGGGCGUGGGCAAGCUGAAACCGAAUAUUUUGUUGCUUGGAUACAAGAAUGAUUGGAUUAGUUGCGACUCGGGGGAACGAGAGCAGUAUUUUAAUGUUUUGCACAAGGCUCUUGACAUGCAUCUCGCUGUUGCCAUUCUUCGUGUCUCCAAAGGUCUCGAUUACUCCCAAGUUCUCGGCGAUGAAGCUCCCAAACACAUUAUGGAGGCGCCUCGUACCUUGAACGCCAACGACAGUUCAGCUGAUUUAAUGUCACACAAUAAAAACAGUUCAGCUCACGGAAGUUGCGAUUCUCUCAGUCGCAACAUUUCAGGAGAUGCCAGCCGAGAGAAUGGAACGUGCAACGGAAUGAAACAAUCCGGCAAAUCAAGCAGCACAAGCGAUUUGACAUUUUCGGGAACUCCUCAGACAGUCAAUAGUAUUCCUGAUCCAACGGAUAUCAAGCGGAAAUUACUCGAUACUUCCUUGACUUCGAAGAGUAAAAAAGUCGAAAAUGAUCCAUCUUUGCUCUAUCGAGGACCCGGAGGCUCUGAAUUGCCGAAAGAAGUAUUGAAUGAACUCACACAAUUCUCGCAAAAACGCAAAACGGGACUCGUUGAUGUUUAUUGGCUUUAUGACGAUGGCGGUUUGACGUUGUUGCUUCCAUAUAUCAUCAGUACUCGUCGAAAUUGGUCUUCGUGUAAAUUGAGAGUUUUUGCUUUGGCGAACAAAAAAGACGAUUUAGACUUUGAACAACGUUCAAUGGCGGGACUUUUAGCGAAAUUCCGUAUCGAUUACUCGCACUUGAAAUUGUUGCCUGACAUCACAAAGAAACCUGAAGACAAGACAAUUAAAUUUUUCGAAGAUAUUUUGAAGGAAUUCAAGGAUACGAAUGAUGAAACUGAUGAAAAUUCUCUCAUAACACAAGAUGAACUCCUUGCUCUCCAAGACAAAACAAACCGUCAUUUAAGAUUACGCGAAUAUCUGUUGGAAAACUCAUCAAAGUCCGAUCUUGUGGUUAUGACGUUACCAAUGCCACGGAAAAAUGUCGUCUCAGCUCCUUUGUACAUGGCAUGGUUGGAGACAUUGUCACGAGGAUUGCCUCCGUUCUUGUUUGUGCGCGGAAAUCAUCAAAGUGUUCUUACAUUCUACUCAUAAAAGUUCGUUCUUUGAGUUUUUAAUUGAAUCUACAUUUAUUUUACUUUAAUAAUUUUUUUUUUGUAAAUUUUAAUGAAACACAGAAUCUGGAGUAUUUUUAAUUAAUUAUUUUUUAACGCUGGAAAAAACAUGAAAGACUUUCUCCGUUGCGGGAAACUUUCUUGUGACAGUAUUAAAUACAGAAAAUGAUAUUUUUGGAGAUGAAAAACCAAACCAGCGUUAAUUAAUUAUUCACAUAAGAAGAUAAGAAAUUAAUGGCAAUAAGAAAAAAACAAGAAAAAGAAGACGAAAAAUUUGUUAACAACUCUCGAGUAUAAAAAAUUGUUUUUAAUAAAUAAAUUAAUAUUAACAACUCUUGAACAACGUGAUUGUACAACCGGCAAAAAAACAUAAACCGCACAUAAAUUUACAUGCAUGGAAAAUGUAAUAAUAGAAGAAACAUGCGCAUGAAGGCACACGAACCACAA